AUGGUGGUUUUCGUGGUUGGAUUUGCGAUAGAGAGCAGCCAGGCACACGAUCGAAAAUUCGUCUCAAAAAGUUGCAACGCCAACAUCAAAACAGAGAUAUCGAUAUACAACCGGCCAUACGACGCCGGCUCCAAAGCCCAUCCAUUCCCUUACGCCCUCGUUGUCGGCAUCGAGAGAUACCCAUCAAAGAUCACCCGACGAAUGGGCACCAAGAAGGUCGAGAAGAGGAGCAAGGUUAAGCCAUUCAUCAAGACUGUCAACUACAACCACCUCAUGCCAACCCGUUACACUCUCGAGCUUGAGGGCCUCAAGGGCACCGUUACCAACGAUACCUUCAAGGAAGUUUCUCAGCGGGAGGAGGCCAAGAAGACCAUCAAGAAGGCUUUGGAGGAGCGAUACACCAGCGGAAAGAACCGAUGGUUCUUCACCCCUCUAAGUAUGUUUCUUGAAUCCUACGGACCGCAUAGAGAACAGGUAUACUAA